AUGAAUAUCACGCGAUUGUUAUUGAAAACUGACUACGAUCUCUUUCCUUCGAAAUUCGAUGAUUGUGUCAAACUGAAGAACAACAUCGGAAGUACUUUUCUUUUGUAUUUUAAUUUACCUAAUUCAACGAUACCAAUCAUAAAUGAUGAAGUUGAUGAUAAGUUGAUAUCUACAUCAGAAUCUGAUGUCGAGAAACACUCGUUCACGGAAACUGAUGAUCAAAACUCGAAUGAAAUCGUUUAUGAAACGUUCUUUUCUCAACUUUCACAUCGAUUUUCCGUAUUCAAUAGUUUAUCUUUCGAAGAACUUCAAGCUGACCUAUUUCUUGAUACUUGCGAAGAAUAUUUUUCACUUGUGGACAAAUUCAACAGUCCAAUCUUCACUCCAGUCAAGGCCGAUGUUAAUGGAAAUAUUGCUAAAUUACGACGAAAACUUAAUCAAAAUCCAUCGAAAUUUCAAACAUUGUUUGCCAUAGUCAACGAUGAAAUCGAAUCUCAAACGACACAAGCAAGAAACUCUGCAACAGAUGCUUUACUUUGGUUAAAACGAGCGUUCGAAUUUCUGUCAAGUUUUUUACAUCAAUUCAGUGUAGGUGAUAAAAGUUUAGUAGAUGCUGUGAAUAAAGCUUAUGAAUUCUCGUUGAAACCACAUCAUGGAAUGCUCGCGCGAAGUGUAUUUUCUAUUGCGCUUCGUGCUGUACCGAACAAAGACGAUUUCAUCCGCUCACUAGCUGUCCAUCCAGCAGAUGCUUCCAACCCACGUUUCGUUGACCAAACAUACAAAGAAAUGUCCAAACAAGCAUCAGAUAUAACAUCAGUACUACGAAAAAUCACAUUAUUUUAUUCUAAACAUGGAUUAUGA